CUCCGACAAGCCCAUAACCAGCUAAACCAGCUCCUCCAAGCGCAGCGGACCUCACAUCCCUCCCAGACAACCAAUCCUUCUCCGACCACCUCAACCAACAAAAAGAAAAACGAAUCAAAAUGCCCACCCCCGAAUCCGCCGCAUUCCUGGCUAAGAAGCCCACCGUGCCCCCGACAUACGAAGGCGUCGACUUCGAGGACAACGUCGCCCUGCACAAUGCCCGCGAUGCCAUUAUCCGUGAACAGUGGGUGCGAAGCAUGAUGUCCCGACUUGUCGGCGAGGAAUUGGGCAGGUGCUAUGCUCGUGAGGGGGUAAACCAUCUGGAGAAGUGUGGGAAGUUGAGGGAGAAAUAUUUCGAGUUGCUGAAAGAGCGCAAGGUUAAGGGUUAUCUGUUCCAGGAGAAGAACUACUUUGCGGGCGAGGGGGAGAAGUCGGCGUGAGUGGGCCGGCGAGGUUGCGUGUAUGCUUUGGGUUUGUGUGCUUUAGCUUUGCAGUGAAUCAAUGGGUGUCAUGUCAUCUGUUUUCCUUGUCUUUCGUCGAGGGUGGUGAUGGGCUAGUCAUUGCCGGAGGGGCCUGGCAUUGAGUGAAGAGUAGGAUGGGCAGGGGAUUGUUGAGAUAGAUGGAUUGUAUUGUUUUUUUGUUCGGGUUUCCUGUACAUAUAUCUUGACACUGACACCAUUGCAAUACAUCGGUACAUGUUCAUUCGAGGUCGGAG